AUGGAUGGUUGUUGCCACAAAUUCUCGAGAUGGGUCAACUACAUAUUUGGCAGUCUCGUCUUCCUUUUGGGAGGCCUCGUCGUUGGCGUGAGUAUUUGGUAUCUGUUUUCUGAGUUUAGCGAUCUCAUUGAGACAUGGUGGGUUUGGAUCUCUCUUGCUGCUGGCAUACUACUUAUGAUUCUAUCAUUGGUGGCAUGUUGUGCGGCUCACAAAGAGAAGAAAUGUAUCCUGUCGUGCUUCUGGGUCCUGGCGAUUAUUCUCUUUAUAGCCUUCUUGGUGGGUGCCAUCGGUUCGACCAUCUUCUUCACCUUCACUGAUGAGUUUGCUGCUAAGGACCUUGGUCAGCUCAAUGCACUUGAGACGCCCGAUCUGGACGGCUAUGAGGUCAUCCGCGAUGGUUUUGUGGAGGUGUGGCGAGCCGACAACUGCUCCAUUUCGUGUGAAUCUGAUAUGAGCGCGGAAUUUAUUUGCAGCUCUGUUGAGUGUGAUACUGGUGUUGUCCAAGACAAGAUGACAGAAUGGAUCUCGGAAGGUUUGAGGAAGAAUAUCAACAUGGCCGACUAUGGCGUGUGUGUUGCACUCGCGAGUGGAGGAGUUGAUAUUGAAGAGGGCAUCAGUGGUGCUGCUGCUGCCUGGUGUGUUAGUAGUACAGCAGUUAUCACAGAAGUCCGAGAUUGGACCCUCGGGGCGAUGAUGGGCCUUUGGUUGGUGGCAGUAUUUACGUUUAUCUUGGCUGUAGCUAACUGUGUAUUGGUAUGCACCCGUAGAAGAUAUCGCUCGGAUGCUUUGUUCGUUCGGCCACCUGUGAACGUUUUGAAGGUGUAG